AUGUCAGUCAGCAGCUUACCAAAAUUAGAUCCAAAAUCAGAUGACAUGAAUAAAACCAAAAGUAAUAUAAUAUCAAAGACUUUAAAAAAAGCUGUGUCAAUGGAUUCGUUGCACCAGAGGCCUUCAGGAUACGUAAAAAAAAGAAAUGGAAGUCUAGAUGUAAAUUUAUGUGGUAGUUGGUUUACAAAGCAUGAUCAUAAGUCAACGACAAAUGAACAACAAUCAUCAGAUUUACUUGAUGAAACUUUUGUAGUUGCAUUAAUCGGUAAACCAUCGGUGGGAAAAUCAACAAUAGUUAGAACGGGUUUGAAUAAUUUGGCGCCAAUAAGGAAUGUUGGUGUGGAACAAAAUAUAUUACAUGCUCCAACACUAAUAACAGAAAUUGAAGUUGAUGAUCGAGCAUACCCUGUGGAAGUUUUAGAAAUUCAAGAAAAUGUUUUUGAUAUGAAAGCUCCUUUACGAUGGCCAAAGGAACUUCCAGAUAUCGAUGGAAUUUUAGUAUGUUAUGAUGUGACGUCACGGGCAUCAAUAGCAAAUAUAGCGUGGCUUCUAAAUGCCUUUAAAGAAUUUCAAAUUCCUACAAUACUUGUCGCUAAUAAGGCUGAUUGCCCUCCUACAAAGCGUCAAGUAGAUACUGAAUAUGGUUCAAAAUUAGCCCCGUUAUUUGAUGUCGGUUUUGUGGAAUUAGAUACUAGAACAAAUCAUGGAAUACAAAAAAUUCAUAAUGUUUUUUCAAUGCUUCUAAAAUUAUCAAUAAGACAUCGUGAAUUUAAAGAAUUUCAUAUUUGUCAAGAAAUUAAAUCUGAAUCAGUUGACUUGUCUUCUGAUUCUUUAUAUCUACAAAGUAUUGUUGGUGAUGUAGAUUCUGAAAAACUUUCUAGUCAUAGGAGAACUACUAGUGAUCUAAGUCAUGAAUCAAGAGGACGUGGGAGAUUUUCUAAUUUCUCUGCUGUUCGAUAUAUGAAAUCGAGAUAUCAUAAUCGUUUUGGUUCUUCUAAAGCUCGCUCUCCUUUAAACAGACUUAGUAGUGAUGAUGAAGGUUCGUCUUCGACACGUCGUUCAUUAUCACGUUCUCCAUUUUCUUCCUCUCCAUCCGUGUCUGUCACUCCGUCAAAUACUCCUCCAAAAUCAUCUGUACUAUCUCAAGUAUCACUUCCUUCGUUUUUAUCCCAUUCGGACAGAAGCUCUUAUCGAAGAUCUUCUUUUCUCCCAUCAUCAACUUUAUUACAAGUAAUGGAAGCUGAAGAAGAAAAGGAUAUUGUUAUAGUAAGAACUGGUCAUAGUAGAACAUCUUGUGGAAGUUAUGAUUCUACUGCUAGUUCUAUGAGCGCAAUAAGUGAUAAUUCUUGGGAGGGUCUGUUGUUUGUUAAUGAUCCAUUAGGUCCAAAUAAAUGUACUGGAAAUCGAAGUGAUGGAGCAACUAUAGAUGAAUUAAUUCAAAGAUUAACAUGUGUUGGAGGUCAAUAUGGUACACAUGAUGAUCCAUUUACUAUAACAUUUUUCGUAGUUUAUCGUGCGUUCAUGAGACCUCGAGAUGUCCUUAUUAAGCUAAUGAAAAAAUUCGAAGAAUGUGAACAAGAUUCGAUAGAUAGAAGAAAUUCAACACAUGAAAAAAUAUGUAAUCUAUUAUAUCAUUGGAUAACACAGCAUCCUCAUGAUCUUAUUCAUCCACAAACGAGACAAUUGAUGCGUGAAUUCUUUGAAACAAUAUCAAGUUGUUCACAUCUCUCAUAUUAUUCUAUAAUUCUUAAUCCUUUGAUCAAUGGAACUGUACCAGAAAAUGACCCUGAUAUGUUUUGGGGACUUGUUGACAUUACAGAUGAGAAACUUAUUAAAAAACAUGGUGUGAUGAACAUUACUCCACAUGCAAAAAAAGAUAGUGGGUUUGGUGGUUGGACUUAUGAUAAUCGUGAAGAUAAUCAAUCUGAAACUUCUGAUACUGUACUAUCAGUACAACAAUCUAGUAAUCGCACGAGCAGUCAACCUCAUCAUAAAUCUUCGUUAAUAAUUGUUCCUGAUAGCUCUAUAGGAAGACCAAUGAGUCAAUUAACUUUUGAUGAGUUGUCAGAAAAGGAUAUUGCCAAUGAGCUGACAUUCCAAGAAUUUCAAUUAUUUAAAAAAAUUUCUGGUAGAGAUUUGUUGAGGCAUAUUUGGGCGCCGCAAGGAAGCGUUCAACGCGGAAAUGGUCGCGUCGCAAAAUCUAUCCAACACUUCAAUUUUAUUUCAAAUUGGGUCUCAACAAUGAUACUAUCACAAGAAAAAUUGAAAAAUCGAGCAGCAAUGCUCAAGAAAUUUAUGAAAAUUGCAGUGAUCGUACGCGAAUUAAAUAAUUACAAUACUUUAAUGGCCAUAAUCGCUGCAAUAAAUUCUUCACCAAUUACGCGCCUUCGUAGAACGCGUGAACUUUUAAAGGGAAAAUCUAGUUACAAAAAGUUCCAUAAUUUGGAAGUUCUAAUGUCCACUGACAAGUCUUUUGGAAAUUAUCGUAUGGCCUUGAAAGCUCCGUCACGUGGACACGACGAACAGAAAGGAAUACCUUAUUUGAACUUUCAAGACGAUGGCCGAGUUCAUUGGAAUAAAUUCGCAUUGAUGGGCGACGUGCUAAACAUGAUUCGUAAAUUUCAAAAGCCCUCAUAUAAUAUUAAAAGCAAUACUCUUAUUGAAAAAUUCAUUGCCGAUACUACUAUUAUGAAUGACGAUGAUUUAUAUAAAAAAUCACUGGAACUUGAACCUCGAGUCCAAAGAGCUGCUAGUGAAGGCAGGCUUCGACGGUAG